AUGCGAGCUUGCGCGCGUGCGCACCCGCGUGUGUGUGUGUGUGUCUCUCUCUGCUCUCAGGUUCGAGAGGAGAUCCCUCACCUUUUGGAGGCGGCGGCAAAGUCCCUCGGCCCCGACGAGCCACUGGUCGUCCGUGUGAGUGCUUGCCGCGUCUUCUGCCGCUUCCUAACGGCGAUGCACGACGACAAGCUGCGGGAGGACCUGCUCCUGAAAAAGGGAGUUCUGUCUUCCCUGGGCUCGCUCCUUCGCGAGGCAGACGAGGAGCUUCUCCAUCUGUGCCUCGAGUGCCUCUGCAUAAUCGUGAAGCAAUGCCCGACCAUCAUGGCGGCUGUGUCCCACGAGCUGUGCCCCUUGACUGUGCAGAUUUGGCGCCGCUGUGCAGCGGAUCCGAUGGUGCACAUGCAAGUCCUUGACCUCGUGAGCUGCUGCGUCAGCGCUGACCCGAAGCUGCAGAGUGCAAUGGAGGAUUCUUCAUUUGCGCGUCUGGGUAAGAGGCCCGGCUCGGAUCCCCAUUUGGCGAGUUCGGCCAUCGAGCUGCUUGGGGUACUGUGCUGA